AUGCAGGGAAACGCCCCAACUGUACCUCCAGCCGACCGCACCGACCCCAUGGCAUCGGAGCCCGCUUCCCACGCAAAUGGAAUUGAAAGUCCGCAGUCGCAAGGCCACCAACGACUUGUAUUUACCGAUGCUGUUGCCCUCCGAUACCUUGAAGAAGACCCCUCGACUGUUGUACUCCACCGACGUGAAACGCUGCAAGGAUACGAGAUAUAUGUUGUUGAGCAAUGGGCCUGCUCUCGUGUACACCCCACUUUCAUCAUCACGACCUAUACUGGUGACCCUUCGCAUACAGUUAUUGUGGGAGUAUUGAGUGUCCCGACCAACGAAGCUUCAUGGUCGCCACGCUUGCGCAUGUACUUUGAUGCCAUGAAGCAAUGCCACGCAAGGAGGAAAGAAACACCACUGGGAACGGUCAUGGUCACGGAUCUCGGCUCGUUUCCUUCUGCUCUGAGUCUGAUACCCAUACCCGAUGGCGAUAUCAGGAAACACCGGGAGGACUUCAUCGUGAAUGAAGACUUGAAGAGACUUGGAUGCGCCGGCCGCGCCGGCUUGAAGCUCCAGCCUCCAUCGGCGGCGACCAAAGCGAAAUUCCAUCAGCUGUACCGGACGAGCGAGAUCGUCCCUCUAUACAUUGCGGUCAUGGAACUGGUCAAGCAAUGUCAAAUCGCGCUGAUGGUGUUUGAUAAGCUGGCUCCAGAGUAUGUCGACGGGCUACUCUGCGACGUGACUGAAGCGGCUAUCAAUGAUUGGUGGACAGACAUCGGGACGGACCUGUACAACAUCGAGCCAAGUGACAAUGGCCUGGGUCCAACAAGCGUGGCGGCAUUGCUGGGCACAUUGCUCGGCGCUCGGAAUCGACUCCACGCCUAUGGAGCCCCCGUGGGGAAAGAUGCAUUCGACUUCUCAAACCUGAAAAGAGGAAUCGGUAGUUUCCAAAAAUCCCAAAAAAUGAAACGGACGCGAAGACUGGACCGGCAUACCUUAGAUCGGUUACACCGCGCCACGGCCAAGGCUGCCAAUGCAGAAGGUUGGACCGAUGCAGUGAAGUCUACCAUGGCGGAGCUCAGCGGGCAGGGUGGUGAAAUGGUCAUGGGCAUGGUCCGCGGGCGCGACAAAGGCGGCAUUGCCGAUAUCGAAACGCUGGAUCUCGACACCUUCGUGCAGUGCUGCAAUGGCGAGAGAGCAAAGUACUUGUGGCUGGGUAAGCCCCGAAAGAGUGGAUUCGAAGACGGGUUUUCUCGCGGGAAUGGGCAGGAAAUGAUGUUUACUACGGAUGAACAAGGCAACUAUUUAUGGACCAGCCGCAGGAAGCAUUCGACAGAGGACAUGCAUGUCGAGAGAACAGGCUCGGGCCUGGAUCGCUCUUGGAAGAUGCCAGAAGCCACCGUCGAAGAAAAAGAUAAUCGCAAGAAAGGCGUCAGCGGACGAGUUUCAGACGCGCGAGCGGGAUUAGGACGCUUCAAAGAUGCGGUUGGAUUACAAGGUCUUCGCCAUCAUCAUCACCAUUCUCGAGACAGCGUUGACGUGACACACGAUCUUGCCUACCGCCCGUCUAUUGACAGUGAUAACGAGGCAUCGUCCACAAAAUCGCGAACGGACUAUGGGCCUCGCACAGAACCAAGAAUCUCAAAUGCCAUUGAAGCUCUGAUUGAGGAGGAGGAAGACAAACCACAGCCCUCCUCCGUUGCCGAGUCUGAGAGCAAAGCUCCUGAAAUCCACGUCGAACUUGCGCCUGAAGAGGAGCCAGAAUUGGAGAAUCAAAACGAUCAGCUCGUCACGCAGCAGCGCUCAAAUAUCGAAGAAGAGUCAGAUAUGGAGCGCGUGAUGUCUCGUUCGUCGGCAGCGUCAUCGGAUCGCGAACGUGACCGUGACCGUGAUAGGUCGAUUAGUGGGCUGGCUGUUAUGGCCCUACGGCGGCCGCAGAGCUACGAAGAAUUCCACAACCUGCAAAGUGAGAUUGAACGACGAGACAACUUCUGUGCACGACACCUGUCUUUCAGUACAGUCGAGGAAGUGGUUUUGAAAUGGGAGCCGCUAGGCGGGAAACCGUUGGUCCAAGCGACCGACGACUUGGAGGAAGCCAUUGCCCAAGAAGACAUGCUUGCCUCUGAAGGCCGGAUAUUCAGCUCACGGAUCCAAGAGUUGAGCCAGCAUACUGUACCUUGGGUUGAGCGUCAAGUGGAUUCCGUGGAUGGCCUCAACCAAAUUCUAUAUGACCGACAUGAAGAGCUCAACUCAAUAUACUUGGAACGCUUUGCGGACUACCAAAGACUGCGCGAACGGUCUAGUGAUCUCCUCCUGGAUGAACGCCACCACCUUGCUGAUGGCGUGAAACGCGUCGAGCUGCUGGGCGCUAAAUUGGACUACGAACUGAAUGUCCUCGAGUCCAAAAUCGAGGACGUGGAAGCCGGCCUGGGUGACUUUGAACGUCACAUUGUGAAUGUCGAGACCAGGAUCAAAGGCCUGGUCAAAGGCGAGGAACAACACGAAACUUCCUGGACGGCAUGGAUUGCGCGAACGAUGGGCUUUUCAACCUAA